UAUUUUCCUCUGCUUUUCUGCAACAGAUCUUCAAGACAGGCCUGCCUCUUCAUAUGCAGAGGGAGCAAGACCGAAAGAGAACUCAUUAAGCACUUUGAGGCUGAAUGCAUCCAUGAACCGCCAGUUGCCUUCUGAUCAUCAGCCAUCUUUUUUCAACAGAGACUCUAACAUGAGCUCUUCAAGAUCCAGCUAUUCUUCAAGACAAAGGAGAAAUGAAUUGGAAUCUACCCAGAGGAGCAUGCAGCCAGCAUUUUCUCUUACUGCCAUUAGAGAUGAAACUCCUUCCUCAAGUGGUUCUGAAAGGGUUUUAUCUUCUCAGAGGUCAUUGAAUGAGCCUGCAGCUGACAGCGAAGGGAGGCGAACAACUAGACAGCUGCUGUCUCGUUUAGCAUCUAGUAUGUCAUCUACAUUUUUCUCUCGAAGGUCUAGCCAAGACUCAUUGCAUACAAGAUCAUUAGGCUCUGAAGAGUCAACGGUGGUCCCAAGAGUUCAAGCUUCUCCUCUGUCGAGCAGUAAUGGAGCUGCAACUCCGGAAGUUCCAGGACUUCAGACAUCUGAAGCUUCUCAGGGAUUUAGUUUUCUUAGACGAAGAUGGGGUUUAUCAGGAGUUUCACAAAAUCAUAACUCUGAUUCAGAUGGGGAAAGUUACAGACCAGACUCUGAAAGUAGGAGCACAGGAUCCUGGUUAUCAUCAUCUUUGAGGAACAGAUGUACACCUCUCUUUUCCAGAAGAAGAAGAGAAGGAAGAGAUGAAUCUGCAAGGAUCUCUACCUCUGAUACAACUGCUAGAUCACAACAUGUCUUCAGAAGAAGAGAGUCAGGUGAGGAGACCUCUCUUGAAGCAUCAGAUAGCCCUCCUCGGGCUUCUGUUAGCAGACCACCAACACCUGCAGUAUCUGGUAUUCCUACAGCUACUGCCUCCCCACCAGAUUCAGCCCACAGUAGGAGAAGUUCUGGAAUUCUGCCUGGUUCUCUCUUUCGCUUUGCAGUGCCUCCAACAUUAGGAAGCAGUCUGUCUGACAAUCUUAUGAUAACUGUAGAUAUUAUUCCCUCUGGCUGGAAUCAGUCUGAUGGACAAGAAAGUGGCAAGUCUAAAAUACCACCUUCAAGAGAUCCAGAAAGACUCCAGAAAAUUAAAGAGAGCCUGCUUUUAGAAGAUUCUGAAGAUGAAGAGGGUGACUUAUGCAGAAUCUGUCAGAUGUCCUCUGCAAGUUCUGACAACCUUUUAAUAGAGCCAUGCAAAUGCACUGGAAGUCUGCAGUAUGUUCACCAGGAGUGCAUGAAAAAAUGGCUGCAGUCCAAGAUUAAUUCAGGUUCUUCUUUGGAAGCAGUAACAACUUGUGAACUGUGCAAGGAGAAGUUGCAUCUGAAUCUGGAAGACUUUGACAUUCAUGAACUCUAUAGGGCACAUGCAAAUGAACAAGCAGACUAUGAAUUUAUCAGCUCUGGUCUCUACCUUGUCGUGUUGUUACACUUAUGUGAGCAGCGCUUUUCUGAUAUGCUAGGAACUGCAAGUGAGGCCAGCACACGUGUCAGAUUUAUUAACCUUGCAAGAACUCUUCAGGCACAUAUGGAAGAUAUUGAAACUUCUGAGGAUGAUUCUGAAGGCUGAUGCUGGUAGAACUUUCAUACUGCAAGAGACAAAUGGAGUUGCUGCAGAAAUGCUGAACUGGCAAGAACAACAUCAACAUGCAUUUGGUUUUUCCCUCUCCUUAGUAAAAAGCGCAUUGAAUAUUACUGUAGUUUUUGAAGCAUUGUUGAAUUCAAAAUCAACUGCUGCACAGUGGAACUCAGUGGACUUAAGAACUACUCAGCAUGUGCGAGAAUUAGAUACAUAUAAAGCAACUUGCCUUUUUAAAUGAUGAGGAUGAUGUGCUUCAUUUUGGAAGACAUCAGAAUUUGAAUAUUUAAGGAAGCUCUAUCUCCCUUUAUGUCUCCUUCUUACUGUAGUCCGACUUCUGGUUUUGUCUAUCGAGUUUUGCUCCUCUACUGGCACUAAGUGGUUAUAGUGGGUUUCAGGGGGAGGGUGGGGAGGGAGGGUGGGAGUGUCCAUAAACUUAAAUAGGUUUUGUUUGGGUUUUUUUAAAUGCCUCUGUUGCCGCAUCAUAUAAUGACUGAUUGCUUCCAGUGUUAAUGAAUGAACAGGAGGAUGAGCAAGAUACUGUAGAGAUUGUUUCAGUUUUGAUUUAUUUGAAGAUUAUUAUUUCACUCAAAAAGCAAUAAGAACUUGCAGUGGUCUUCUAAUACUUAGUGUUAGUGAUGGCUUUUUUAUGUACCAGUUUGGAAAUUGGAGGUUAUAUAUGAUAUUAUGUGGCUGUUCCAUUAUGGAAUAUUGCAGGUGUAAACUCUUGCAUUUCAGCAUUCCUGGCAGAUACGCAACUUGAUAAAGACCUAAGGUUGUUCAGUUUAAGCAGACUUUUUUAGAUCCCACCUUCACUGUUCAAAGCACUGGUUAUCAAUGUGUUUUCUAGUUGUCACUUCUUUAUAAAUAAAGACAAUAGCGGUAUGCAUCUCUA